AGUCUUCAGAACCACUCCAGGCUCCGAACCCCCCCACCUCCACUUUCCCACGCUCACACGCCAAACCAACAUCACGCGGCCUCCUUCAACUCUCUCAAUCGAGGGAACUUCACCCCGCGGAGCAAUCCCAGCCCCGCUCCGACAGACCACUCCCUUUCUGGAGAGCAGCAAGCUGGGACGCAAGAGUCCACCCAUGCUCAGGACAACUGGCUACUUAACAGUAACAUCCCCCUUGAGACAAGAAACAUAGCAAAGCAGACAUUCCUAGAGACAUUGCAGGACAACCUCAUUGAGAUGGACAUUCUCACCUCCUCCCGACAUGACGGUUCUUUCAAUGAUGGGCACUUCCUGUUCAAACCAGGUGGCACCUCUCCCCUCUUUUGUACAACUUCUCCAGGAUACCCCUUGACGUCCAGCACUGUGUACUCGCCUCCCCCUAGACCUCUUCCCAGAAGUACAUUUUCUAGGCCAGCCUUUAACCUGAAGAAACCCUAUAAGUACUGUACAUGGAAAUGUGCUGCCUUGAGUGCCAUCAUCAUCUCAGUCACACUGGUGAUACUGCUGGCUUAUUUUAUCGCCAUGCACCUGUUUGGCCUAAACUGGCACCUGCAGCCGAUGGAAGGGCAGAUGUUUGAGAUGACGGAAGACACGGCCAGCAGUUGGCCAGUGCCAACGGACGUCUCCUUAUAUUCCUCAGGGGGCACGGGGUUAGAGGUACCUGACAGGAAAGGCAAAGGAGCCGGCGAAGCAGGGAAGCCCAGUAGUUUCUUUCCAGAAGACAGUUUUAUAGACACUGGGGAGAUUGAUGUUGGCAGGCGAGCCAUGCAGAAGAUCCCUCCCGGUAUCUUUUGGAGAUCUCAGGUGUUCAUUGACCACCCGGUACAUCUGAAGUUCAACGUUUCAUUAGGGAAGUCUGCUCUGGUUGGGAUUUAUGGCAGGAAAGGCCUCCCCCCCUCUCACACACAGUUUGACUUUGUAGAGCUUCUGGAUGGGAGGAGACUGCUAACUCAGGAGGCCCGGAGUCUGGAAGGCCCCCAGCGGCAGCACAAGGGCUUUGUGCCACUAGCCAGCCAUGAGACGGGAUUUAUUCAGUAUUUGGAUUCAGGGAUGUGGCACCUCGCCUUUUACAACGACGGGAAGGAGUCUGAGGUGGUCUCGUUUCUCACCACUGCCGUUGAAUCAGUGGAUAACUGCCCUAGCAACUGCUACGGGAACGGGGACUGUGUUUCCGGGACCUGCCAUUGUUUUCUCGGCUUCCUGGGUCCCGAUUGUGGACGAGCAUCUUGCCCGGUCUUAUGCAGCGGCAACGGGCAGUAUAUGAAAGGGCGCUGCUUGUGCCACAGUGGGUGGAAAGGGGCCGAAUGCGACGUCCCAACCAACCAGUGCAUCGACAUCGCCUGCAACAGCCACGGGACCUGCAUCAUGGGCACCUGCAUCUGCAACCCGGGAUACAAAGGAGAGAGCUGCGAGGAAGUGGACUGCAUGGACCCCACCUGCUCCGGACGUGGCGUGUGCGUGAGAGGAGAAUGCCACUGCUCUGUUGGAUGGGGAGGGACCAACUGCGAGACCCCCAGAGCAACCUGCCUGGACCAGUGCUCUGGCCACGGCACGUUCGUGCCCGAAACCGGCCUGUGCAGCUGUGAUCCCAGCUGGACUGGACACGACUGUGCCAUCGAGAUUUGUGCCGCAGACUGCGGAGGGCAUGGCACCUGUGUGGGAGGCACCUGCCGCUGCGAGGAAGGGUGGAUGGGCUCCGCCUGCGACCAGCGAUCGUGUCACCCGCGUUGCAACGAGCACGGGACGUGCCGGGACGGAAAGUGCGAAUGCAGCCCGGGCUGGAACGGAGAGCACUGCACCAUUGAGGGGUGUCCCGGGUUGUGCAAUGGCAACGGCAGGUGCACACUCGACAUGAAUGGAUGGCGCUGCGUCUGCCAGCUGGGCUGGAGAGGGGCCGGUUGCGACACGUCCAUGGAGACAGCGUGCGGCGACGGGAAGGACAAUGAUGGAGAUGGACUGAUAGACUGCAUGGAUCCAGACUGCUGCCUUCAGCCCCUGUGCCAUACCAACACACUCUGCCUUGGCUCCCCGGACCCCCUGGAUAUCAUACAAGAGACACAGCCCCCGGUGUCACAGCAGAACCUUUAUUCGUUCUACGAUCGGAUCAAAUUCCUGGUUGGCAAGGACAGCACACACAUCGUUCCUGGGGAGAAUCCUUUCAACGGAGGCCACCCUUGUGUGAUUCGUGGGCAGGUGAUGACAUCGGACGGGACCCCGCUCGUCGGCGUGAAUAUCAGCUUUGUCAACAACCCUCUUUUCGGCUAUACUAUCAGUAGGCAGGAUGGCAGCUUUGACCUGGUGACCAACGGCGGCAUCUCCAUCAUCUUGCACUUUGAGCGGGCGCCUUUCAUCACCCAGGAUCACACCCUCUGGCUGCCGUGGGACCGCUUCUUCGUCAUGGAGACCAUCGUCAUGAGGCACGAAGAGAACGACAUCCCCAGCUGUGACCUGAGCAACUUCGCCCGGCCCAACCCUGUGGUCUCGCCUUCCCCUCUGACGGCGUUCGCCAGCUCCUGCUCGGAGAGAGGUCCCAUCGUCCCGGAGAUACAGGCCUUGCAAGAAGAGAUUAAAAUCUCGGGCAGCAAAAUUAAGCUGAGCUACCUGAGCAGCCGUACGCCCGGCUACAAAUCGGUCCUGAAGAUCAGCUUGACCCAUCCUACCAUCCCGUUCAACCUCAUGAAAGUCCAUCUCAUGGUAGCCGUAGAGGGACGCCUGUUCAGGAAGUGGUUCGCUGCAGCCCCGGAUCUCUCCUACUACUUCAUCUGGGACAAGACUGACGUCUACAACCAGAAGGUGUAUGGGUUAUCAGAGGCCUUUGUUUCGGUGGGCUAUGAAUACGAAUCGUGUCCGGACCUGAUCCUGUGGGAGAAGCGAACGGCGGUGCUUCAAGGUUACGAGAUCGACGCUUCCAAACUCGGAGGGUGGUCUGUGGACAAGCACCACGCCCUCAACAUCCAGAGCGGUAUCCUGCACAAAGGGAAUGGAGAGAACCAGUUCAUCUCCCAGCAGCCACCUGUCAUAGGGAGCAUCAUGGGGAACGGCCGCAGGAGGAGCAUCUCCUGCCCCAGUUGCAAUGGCCUUGCUGAUGGGAACAAGCUUCUGGCUCCUGUUGCCUUGACUUGCGGCUCGGACGGAAGCCUUUAUGUCGGGGACUUCAACUACAUCCGUAGAAUCUUCCCCUCCGGAAACGUCACCAAUGUACUGGAAUUAAGAAAUAAAGAUUUCAGACAUAGCCAUAGCCCCGCUCACAAGUAUUACCUGACCACGGACCCCAUUUCCGGAUCCAUCUACCUCUCCGACACCAACAGCCGCCGUGUCUUUAGAAUCAAGUCGAUCACCGUGGUGAAAGACGUUGUGAAGAACUCGGAGGUGGUGGCCGGAACAGGAGACCAGUGUCUUCCCUUUGAUGACACCCGCUGCGGAGACGGGGGGAAAGCGACUGAGGCUACACUCACAAACCCUAGAGGCAUCACCGUGGACAAAUUUGGGUUCAUCUAUUUUGUGGAUGGCACCAUGAUCCGGCGCAUCGAUCAGAAUGGGAUCAUCUCAACGGUGCUCGGUUCCAAUGACCUAACAUCCGCCCGGCCUCUGAGCUGUGACUCAGUCAUGGAUAUCUCCCAGGUCCGCCUGGAGUGGCCUACGGACCUGGCGGUCAACCCAAUGGACAAUUCUCUGUACGUCCUCGACAACAAUGUCGUGCUGCAGAUCUCCGAAAACCACCAAGUGCGAAUCCUGGCAGGGAGGCCAAUGCAUUGCCAAGUUCCGGGCAUCGACCACUUCCUUCUCAGUAAGGUGGCCAUCCAUGCGACCUUGGAAUCGGCCACAGCUCUGGCCGUCUCUCACAGCGGCGUUCUGUACAUCACGGAGACGGAUGAGAAGAAGAUCAACCGCAUCAGGCAGGUCACCACCAACGGGGAAAUCUCUCUGGUGGCCGGCGCCCCGAGCGGCUGCGACUGCAAAAAUGAUGUCAGCUGCGAUUGCUUUUCCGGCGACGAUGGCUAUGCAAAGGAUGCCAAGCUCAACGCCCCUUCCUCUCUCGCGGUGUGCGCGGAUGGAGAGCUGUACGUGGCCGACCUCGGGAACAUCCGGAUCCGUUUCAUCCGGAAGAACAAGCCGUUCCUCAACACGCAGAACUUGUACGAAUUGUCCUCACCCAUCGACCAAGAGCUCUACUUGUUUGACACCAGUGGCAAACACCUUUUUACCCAGAGCCUCCCCACCGGAGAUUACCUCUACAACUUCACCUACACAGGAGAUGGGGACAUCACCCUGAUCACCGACAACAAUGGGAACCUGGUCAACAUCCGGAGGGAUUCCACUGGGAUGCCGCUGUGGCUGGUGGUGCCAGACGGGCAGGUCUACUGGCUGACCAUUGGCACCAACAGCGCCCUGAAGAGCGUGACAGCCCAGGGUCACGAGGUGGCCAUGAUGACCUAUCAUGGCAUCUCUGGCCUCCUUGCCACCAAGAGCAAUGAAAACGGGUGGACGACGUUUUAUGAGUACGACAGUUUUGGCCGCCUCACCAACAUCACAUUCCCUACCGGUCAGGUUAGCAGUUUCCGCAGUGACACGGACAGCUCAGUGCAUGUCCAGGUGGAGACCUCCAGCAAGGAUGACGUCACCAUAACAACCAACCUCUCAGCCUCAGGUGCCUUCUACACCCUCUUGCAAGAUCAGGUGCGAAACAGCUAUUACAUUGGUGCAGAUGGCUCCCUGCGGCUCAUCCUGGCUAACGGCAUGGAGGUGGCCCUGCAGACUGAGCCUCACCUUCUGGCCGGCACAGUUAACCCUACGGUGGGGAAGAGGAAUGUCACCCUCCCCAUUGACAAUGGUCUCAACCUGGUUGAGUGGAGGCAGCGCAAAGAGCAGGCCAGGGGUCAGAUCACCGUCUUCGGGCGCAGGUUGAGGGUUCAUAACAGGAACUUGCUGUCGUUAGACUUUGACCGCGUGACGAGGACAGAGAAGAUCUACGACGACCACCGCAAGUUCACCCUGAGGAUUCUUUAUGACCAAGCCGGCCGGCCCACUCUUUGGUCUCCUAGCAGCAGGUUGAACGGGGUCAACGUAACUUACUCCUCGGGAGGACAUAUUGCUGGGAUCCAAAGGGGAACCAUGUCGGAAAGGAUGGAAUACGACCAGUCUGGCAGGAUUACAUCCAGAAUCUUUGCCGAUGGCAAAUCUUGGAGCUACACCUACUUGGAGAAGUCCAUGGUGCUGCUUCUCCACAGCCAGAGGCAGUACAUAUUCGAGUUCGAUAAGAACGACUGCUUGUCAUCGGUGACCAUGCCCAACGUAGCCCGGCAGACAUUUGAAACGAUCCGUUCCAUCGGCUACUACCGGAACAUCUACAGGCCCCCCGAGGGAAAUGCCACGGUCGUUCAGGACUUCAACGAAGAGCGGCAGCUUCUCCACACCUAUCAUUUGGGGACAGGGAGGCGGGUCAUCUACAAGUACGGCAAGCUGUCCAAGCUGGCCGAAAUGCUGUACGACACCACCAAGAUCAGCUUCACUUAUGACGAAACCGCCGGCAUGCUGAAGACCAUAAACCUGCAAAACGAAGGGUUCACCUGCACCAUCCGGUACCGGCAGAUCGGGCCGCUCAUCGACCGGCAGAUCUUCCGCUUCACGGAGGAAGGCAUGGUGAACGCCCGCUUCGAUUACAACUACGACAACAGCUUCCGGGUGACCAGCAUGCAAGCGGUUAUCAAUGAGACGCCAUUGCCCAUCGACCUCUACCGGUACGACGACGUGUCAGGGAAGACGGAGCAGUUCGGCAAGUUCGGGGUCAUCUACUACGACAUCAACCAGAUCAUCACCACCGCCGUCAUGACUCACACGAAACACUUUGACGCUUAUGGCAGGAUGAAGGAAGUGCAGUACGAGAUAUUCAGGUCCCUUAUGUACUGGAUGACGGUGCAGUACGACAACAUGGGGAGGGUGGUGAAGAAGGAGCUGAAGGUCGGCCCGUAUGCAAACACGACGAGGUAUUCUUACGAGUACGAUGCCGACGGGCAGCUGCAGACCGUGUCGAUCAAUGAGAAGCCGCUAUGGCGGUACAGCUAUGACCUGAACGGGAAUCUCCAUUUGCUGAGUCCCGGCAACAGCGCCCGCCUCACGCCUCUGAGGUACGACCUCAGGGACAGGAUCACGAGACUGGGGGACGUGCAAUAUAAGAUGGACGAAGAUGGCUUCUUGAGACAAAGAGGGAACGAUGUUUUUGAGUACAACUCCGCAGGGCUGCUCAUCAAGGCGUACAACAAAGCCAGUGGAUGGAGCGUGAAGUACCGCUACGACGGACUUGGGAGGAGGGUCUCCAGCAAAACGGCCCAUGGCCACCACCUGCAGUUCUUCUACGCGGAUCUCACCAACCCCACCAAAGUCACCCACCUGUACAACCACUCCAGCUCUGAGAUAACGUCCCUCUAUUAUGACCUGCAGGGCCACCUCUUUGCCAUGGAGCUCAGCAGCGGGGACGAGUUCUACAUCGCUUGCGACAACAUCGGGACUCCUCUGGCUGUCUUCAGCGGGACAGGCCUCAUGAUCAAGCAGAUCCUGUACACGGCUUAUGGGGAGAUCUACAUUGACACCAACCCAAACUUCCAGAUCAUCAUCGGCUACCAUGGAGGCCUCUACGAUCCCCUCACCAAACUGAUACACAUGGGGAAGAGAGACUAUGAUGUGCUCGCCGGCCGGUGGACCAGCCCAGACCACGACAUUUGGAAACGUCUCAGCAGCAGCAAUAUAAUGCCUUUCAGUCUCUACAUGUUCAAGAAUAACAAUCCUAUCAGUAACUCUCAGGAUAUCAAGUGCUAUAUGACAGAUGUCAACAGCUGGCUGCUCACAUUUGGGUUUCAACUGCACAACGUCAUCCCUGGAUAUCCUAAGCCAGACAUGGAUGCUGUGGAGCCGUCCUAUGAACUCAUCCACACCCAACUAAAGACUCAAGAAUGGGACAAUAGCAAGUCGAUCCUGGGAGUUCAGUGCGAAGUACAGAAGCAGCUGAAGGCUUUUGUCACCCUGGAGCGCUUUGAGCAGAUCUACAGCUCCAGCAUCGCCGGCUGCCACGAAACCAAGGAGAACCACAACUUUGCCUCGGGGGGCUCCGUCAUCGGCAAAGGGGUCAAGUUCGCCAUGAAAGACGGCAGGGUGGCCACGGACAUCAUCAGCACGGCCAACGAAGACGGGCGGAGGGUUGCGGCCAUACUCAACAACGCCCACUACCUAGAGGACUUGCAUUUCACCAUCGAGGGCGUGGACACCCACUACUUCGUCAAACAAGGGCCGUCGGAUGGAGACUUGUCCAUCCUGGGCCUCAGCGGUGGCAGGAGGACCCUGGAGAAUGGUGUGAAUGUCACUGUCUCCCAAAUCAACACGGUGCUCAAUGGAAGGACUAGACGUUACACUGACAUCCAGCUCCAGUACGGAGCACUGUGCCUGAACGCCCGGUACGGGACCACCUUGGACGAGGAAAAGACCCGCGUGCUGGAGCUGGCCAGGCAGCGAGCUGUGGCCCAAGCCUGGGCGCAGGAGCAGCAGAGACUGCGGGACGGGGAGGAGGGAACACGCUCCUGGACAGAAGGGGAGAAGCAGCAGUUGCUGAGCACAGGGAGGGUUCAGGGCUACGACGGCUACUUUGUGAUCUCGGUGGAGCAGUACCCAGAACUCUCGGACAGCGCCAACAACAUUCAUUUCAUGAGACAGAGCGAGAUGGGCAGGAGGUGACAGGGAGGGUCGGCGCAUUGACUUCUUGCCAAAGACAGCUACUCUUUUGUGGCCGCAUACCAGACUGUGUUGUACUCAAUCCUCUCUCUCUCUCUUUUUUAAAGAAACGGUGAUGAAAAAGGUUGGGGUGGAAUGAUAAUACAGUUGCACUGUAACUCAUGCAACAUCCUAUUGUUUAAUUUCUCUCUCUCU